AAAAUAAAAAUUCUCCUUUCCUCUCCUCCCCUCCUCUUCCUCCUCCCUCUUCGUCUCCCCUCCCUCUCCAUUCUCUCCGCGAAGCUGCUCCCGCAGGGAUCCGAACCCGAGCUCGCCCGCAGCCCACUAGCCGCGGGUCCCACGCUCCCCGCUCCUUCUUCCAGCCAGCCAUUGCCCCGUUCUUGAUCUGAUCCGUCGAAUUCGGUCCGGCGGGCGCACCCGGGGCAGCAUUUCUUUUCCCCGGUCAAGAUUCGGUCUGACGGGGCCGUCCCCGGCGCGAUUUCGCCGGGCCGUUUUGGCCCGUUCUCGCCGGAUUUGUUCCGGCUCCCGUGGUCGGGAUCGGUUGGUGGUCGGGUGGAGCUGCGAAAGGAAUCAAAUUCCAAUCUUUUUUCCAGUCACCUUCUUCCCCAAUUAGCUGGGAUCAGUGUGGAUUCUGAUUCGUAGGUCCUUGGCUUCCCCCCCGCGAGCUUCGCGGUUGGUGUGGUUAUGCCAUUUACCUGGCGAUUUGUAUCUGUGGUUUGUGUGAAAAUCUGAGAGUGUGGAGAUUUGGGAGGUCUUCUCCCUCCUGUGCUCUAUGAGGAGCAGCUUCCUCUCGGAGUCGCCGUGCGACGAGCAGCACAUCCAUGGCUACGGCUUCAACCCGCAGUCGUGGCUGCAGGUGGAGCGCGGGAAGCUGCCCAAGUCAUCCUACUCGCCGUCCUCCAUUGAGUCGCUCAUCAAGAUUGCUGAGCCGCCGGUAGUGCCAUUGUAUAAGCCUUUGGAUUAUGUCGAGGUGCUGUCCAGGAUCCACGAGGAGCUCGAGCAAUGCAUGCCGAGCGAGCGGCCAGGGCUGUAUCUGGUCCAGUCCCAGGUGUUUAGGGGCCUUGGGGAGGCGAAAUUGCGCCAGAGGAGCCUGCACUCUGCGUGGCGCUGUGCAACCACUGUGCACGAGAAGGUCAUAUUUGGGGCAUGGCUGCGGUACGAGAAGCGGGGUGAGGAGAUCAUAUCAGACGUACUUGCAUCAUGUAGGAAGUGCUGCCGAGAGUUUGGCCCACUCGAUAUUGCUUCUGAGAUGCCUGUGGGCAAUUUUGAGAUAUAUGGUUCAUGUGAGAUGGGCUCCUCAUCUCGAGUUUCUUCCACGGUGACAUUUCAAAUAAGAGAUGGGAGGGUGACAUGUGAUAGGUGCAAGAUUGCAUCUUUGUCGAUCCCAUUUUUCUCCAUGCUUAAUGGACCAUUUACUGAGUCACAGCUUGAGCUUGUUGAUCUGUCGGAGAAUGGUAUCUCAUUGGAGGGCAUGAGAGCUGUUUCUGAGUUCAGUUCUACUUAUAGCUUAGGGGAUUUGCCUUUGGAAAUCUUGUUGGAGAUCCUGGUGUUUGCAAGCACAUUUUGUUGUGACAGGCUAAAAGAUGCUUGUGAUAGGAAACUGGCUUCGUUUGUUUCAUCAAGGCAGGAUGCUGUUGAGCUCAUGGCGUUGGCAUUUGAAGAAAAUGCGCCAGUUCUUGCUGCUUCUUGCUUGCAAAUGCUUUUACAGGAGCUUCCUGAUUGUCUAACUGACGAUCUAGUAAUUAGCCUCUUCUUGGGUGCGACUGCACAGCAACAACUUAUCAUGGUCGGACAAGCCUCCUUUUUGUUAUACUGCUUGCUUAGUGAAGCUGCAAUGAAUAUUGAUCCAAGAACAGAUACAACGGUAUGCUUAUCAGAGAAGCUUGUUCAGUUGGCAGUUACCCCUACUCAGAAGCAAAUAGCUUUUCAUCAGCUUGGAUGCAUUAGACUUUUACGAAAGGAAUAUAAUGAAGCUGAACGCAGAUUUGAGGUUGCCUUCUCUGCUGGUCACGUGUAUUCCGUUGCUGGUCUUGCUAGAAUCGCUGGUAUGCAAGGCCAAAAGGCUUUGGCUUAUGAGAAACUCAGUUCAGUCAUAGCAUCUAAUCUGCCACUAGGGUGGAUGUAUCUGGAGAGAUCUUUGUAUUCUGAAGGUGAUAGAAAGUUGGCGGACCUUGACAAAGCAACUGAGCUGGAUCCUACUCUUACUUACCCUUACAUGUAUCGAGCUGCAUCCUUGAUGAGAAAGAAAGAUGCUAAACUUGCCUUGGAGGAAAUUAACCGGCUCUUGGGUUUCAAGUUAGCAUUGGAGUGCCUGGAGCUCCGGAUUUGUCUAUACUUGGCUCUAGAAGACUACAAAUCUGCCAUCUGUGAUAUCCAUGCGAUUCUUACUCUUUCACCUGAGUAUCGGAUGUUAGAAGGACGUGUAGCUGCUUCCAAAAUUGGCACUCUUCUCGGCGCACAUGUCGAGCAGUGGAAUACAGCUGAGUGUUGGCUCCAACUGUAUGAGCGUUGGUCAUCAGUGGAUGAUAUUGGUUCCCUUUCAGUGAUCUACCGGAUGCUUGAGUCAGAUGCUGCAAAAGGUGUUCUGUACUUUAGGCAAUCUUUGCUGCUCCUUAGGUUGAACUGUCCUGAGGCAGCGAUGCGCAGUUUGCAAUUGGCAAGACAUCAUGCUGCAACUGAGCAUGAACGACUAGUAUAUGAGGGGUGGCUUUUGUAUGACACUGGACACUGUGAGGAGGCCCUUCAAAAAGCAGAAGAAUCUAUUUCUAUUCAAAGGUCAUUUGAGGCUUUCUUUCUGAAAGCCUACGUUUUGGCUGACUCAGGAGUUGAUCCUUCUUAUUCUGCGACUGUUAUCUCGCUUCUUGAAGAUGCAUUGAAAUGCCCUUCAGACCGGCUUCGGAAGGGUCAGGCUUUGAAUAACCUUGGUGGUGUCUAUGUUGAUUGUGGAAAAUUAGACUCAGCAGCUGAUUGCUAUACAAGUGCCCUGAAGAUUCGACACACUAGGGCCCAUCAAGGUCUUGCUCGUGUUCAUUUCCUCAGGAACAACAGGGAUGCUGCAUAUGAGGAAAUGACAAAGUUGAUAGCGAAAGCUAAAAACAAUGCUUCAGCUUAUGAGAAGCGCUCAGAAUAUUGUGAGCGAGAACAAACUAUGACAGAUUUGCAAACAGUGACCCAAUUGGAUCCUUUACGUGUUUAUCCAUACAGAUAUCGAGCAGCAGUGCUGAUGGAUAGCCACAAGGAGAACGAUGCAAUAGCAGAGCUCAGCCGUGCCAUCACCUUCAAAGCCGACCUCCACUUGCUGCAUCUCCGGGCGGCAUUCCACGAGCACAUCGGGGAUGUCCCAAGCGCUCUCCGUGAUUGUAGAGCCGCCCUCUCCUUGGACCCGAAUCACCAGGAAAUGCUAGAGCUUCAGAAACGUGUGAACAGCCAAGAGCCCUGACACAUUGUGGUGCUAUAUCAUGUAUUGUAUACCACGUAGGUGCCCCUCAUGACAGCCUUGACCUGAUUCAUUUUUUCUUGGUAACAUGAUGUUUUCAGCAAGAAAGUAAAAAAAAGGAAGAGAGAGAACUAGUUCUAUGAAAGCCGGCAUCGAUAAAGCUUUUACACUCGAUGCCUUGGCUUCUGUAAAAGUAAUGUGCUAAUCACUGAACUGCAUCCUGAUAAAGUGAUUUCGUGCAUAAUGUAAUUUCCAAGUUCUGUUCUCUGUAUCAAGUUUUUACUGAAAUUAAUCAUGAAAGUAAAUUAUGAUCCAUCUGAAGAUC